AUUAUAUUAACUUGCAAUAUUUUUAAUUUUUUUAAGUACCUAGAUAUAAGUACUUCAAAUAUUCAAAUGAAAAUUAUAAAAACUUACUUGUCACGCACCAAGAGUACCAAGACUAGAUACUAAUUCUUGUUGCCAGUUUAUAUAUACUCCAGAAAAAUUCAAAUAUUUACAUAUAGAUAUCUAGAUAUCUUACCUCUUAAGCUAAUAUAGAUAUCAAUUUAGCAUUUUAUUAAUAUAAUUUUGGCCUUGAUUUUAUCUAUAUGAAUAUAGGUAUAUAUAGAUACUUAUUGGCAUUUAAAUCUAUUGUAAAACCUAAUAGGAUUUCAGUAUUUAGUUGGAAUCACGUUUUCGAAAUAAAAAAAAAAUAUAAUAAUUACGUGCCUUGUAAUAAGUAUUUGUAGAAUAAUUGAAUUUUUCAAUGCCAACAAAUCCCUUUUAUUAAUGCGUAUUGCAAAUCGGGCCCAGACACAAAACAAAAAGUACCUUUUCCUGAUGCAACAGUACUGCGGCAGGUUCUCUCCCCUCUUCUUACAUGAGAACCCAAACAUUCAAGAUCAAUCAUUUUCUUACAGCAGGAACCCCCCAUUCAUUCUGCAUAAACUAGUGGUACCGUGAGUAGGUACCAACCAAUAAGUGCAAAUAAAUAUGUGAAUAAAUUUUGUAGUACCAUCAAAAAUGGACUCAGUACUCAACAACGAUGACCUAAUUGUGGCCAAAAUAGUGUCGAUGGUAGUACUAGGCCUUGCCUCCUUUCUCCUAGGCCUACUGCCCUUGAAACUGACCAAAUUAGGUUCAUUUCAGUCGAUAGAUGGAAGCAAAAACCUACUUUUAUCACUGCUUUUAUGUUUUGGAGGAGGUGUUUUGCUUUUUACUACUUUCAUACACCUUCAGCCAGAGGUGAGGGAGUUUUUUGACCAUUUAAAAGCAGAGGAUAGGAUUUUGGAUUGGGGAGUUCCCAUGUCCGAACUGGUGUUUUGUUUCGGAUUUUUCUUCGUGUAUUUGAUUGAGGAAUUGGUCCAUGUUGUUUUGGAUAGGAAGGUGCAUCAAGAAAAUGAAGCUUUACACAGAUUAUUCAAAUAUAAGGCAAGGUUUUCUGAAUUACAAUUAUUGGAAAAAGAUGUAGGUAUAGAAUCUUCUAAUUAUUUGUCCUUUAGAUCGCUGUCCAUUAGAUGCAGUUCUCGUAAAACAGAAAACAUGUCAAUUCCCAGAGUGACUCUGACGAAAUUCGAUGACGGCAACAUCAGCUACAUUUCCAGCUCCAACAAAGAACUUAUAAACACUACAAAGUCUGGUCACAGCCAUCACAGUUUGGCUAAAAACAGCUUCAGCGGUUUUUUAGCUGUUCUAGCGCUGAGUUUUCACGCAGUUUUCGAAGGUUUAGCUGUGGGACUUGAGAGCAAUGUCCAGAAAGUUUGGUACUUGUUUGCAGCGAUCGCUACUCACAAGUUGGUGAUUGCGUUUUGCGUUGGAAUUGAACUGGUGUCGUCCAAGACUAAAGCGAUGUUGGUCGUUUUGUAUAUUGGGACUUUUGCUGUUGUCACACCAUUAGCUGGGCAUGAUCAUUCUCACGGACAUCAUCAUGAUCACCAUCACAAAGAAGUUCUAGCGCAUUUGCAGGCACCAAUAAGUCGAUAGAAUUAUGUUUUGGUAAUACAUAUAAUAUAUUGAUAUAAGUGCCAUUUGCAUUAAGGUAGUUACAAAUCUGAUUUCAGUAUUUUAAUUAGAAAUUUCUAUGUGAUAUUUUUUUUAUAUAUAAAAUUUAGUAGUUUAAUAUAAGAAAUUGUGGGUAGGUUUCAUAUUAGUGUGUAGAUGUUUGUCCAAGUACAAGUUUACACAUAUCAACAAUAAUAAGGUUUUCAUAAACUUUUAUUACAUAUAAUUAUUAUACAUAGUAUUUUAUUUUAUAAAUAAAUUGUAAAACUGCAAUUUUCUGAACUUUACAUUAACUACAGCCACUCUAGAGUAGAUUUCGGGGGAGUCGUUUCGGCUUUUCUGCAGCUCAGCAUUGCUACCUUUGCAGAUAUUUUGUGCGUAGGUAAAUUAAUUCUAUAUUUCCUAAUGAAUAAUCCUAUAGUCAUCCUAUAAUAAUAGUCAUUGCAAUAAAUGGUUAAAAAUACUAUAGAUUUUGUGACCAAAGUCUCAAGUUCUUAUAUGUCAAUUUUCCAGUUAAUCAAGAAUCAGUUUUAUAAUCAAAAUUACUGGUUCUUGAUUACAUCAACUGGACAAAUGUUCCAGUAACC